CUCGCGGAGCACCGGCCAUUACUAGCUGCGCGCACAGAUUAUGCCACCUGGUCUUGAUCUCCGGCAGCUCGUGUGGUCUCUUAAGGAUUCAACUCUCACGCUGGAAACCAAUGAGUCUCCCUGACAUUUCGCGGCGAAGGAGCCCUGUAUCCAAAGAGCCUUUACCUGACUGGCCCCCGACCCCCGACUCCCUGAGGCCUUCACCUUUCCCGAACCCCAUGAUGCAAGCCCUCUACAGUUUAUCCCGCGUGCUCCUCUUCCCGGCUUACUGGUCUCUGGACCAUUUGCUGGGUUAUUGGGCCCCAACAGUGCGAUCCAGCAGUUUGGGGUGGCUCAAAGUCCUGGCAGGAAGUGGGGCAUUGCUACCGCUGGUGGUGGCCGGCCUACCCAUGGGGUUGGUCGGCCUUAUGCUCUGGCUGCCCCUCCAGGUCUGGCGCCGCCCAUUCUGCUAUCAGCCCCCUCCCGCAUGCUGGGUGUGGCCAAAGCCCUGGCACCCUCUUUCUGAGCGCCGGCGCUGCUUUGUCUUUCUCACUGCUAAUCUGUGCCUGUUUCCCCACGGGCUGGCACACUUUAACAACCUGUCGCACAGCCAGCAGCGCGCAGAGGCUAUUGGGGCCGCACUGCUAGGUAGCCUUCGAUUGUCAAAGUAUCGGGCUACCGAAUGCAGCCAGCUGCUGCCUAAGGUGCCUGGUGGCAUGUUGAAGGCCACAUUGCCUAUGGAUUUGGACUUUGUGUGUCUGCAGGAAGUGUUCGACCUCCGCGCAGCUCGUCGUCUUGUGCGCAUGUUGGUACCAAAUCUGGGCCCGGUAUUGUAUGAUGUGGGCACAUUUGGCUUAAUAGCCGGCCCGUACAUCAAGUUACUGGGCAGUGGGCUCCUACUGGCCUCCCGCUACCCUCUGCUGCGUGCCACCUUCCGUUGCUUUCCUAACGCUCGUCGCGAGGACGCCAUGGCCUCCAAAGGUCUAUUAUCUGUCCAGGCGCAGCUAGGCAUCCUGGACGGGCGCCGCAUCGUGGGAUACCUUCAUUGCACACAUUUGCAGGCACCCGUUGAGGAUGGACAUAUUCGCUGCGAACAGCUGACGUUGCUGCUGGAAUGGGUGGAGGAGUUCGAGGCCGAGAGCCACCAGAGUGGUGAGGCAGUAGCAUUCAGUGUCCUCCUGGGAGACCUGAACUUUGACAACUACUCACAAGAUCAUGCAAAGGAGCAGAGACAUAAAUUCUUCAGCUGUUUUCAGGACCCCUGCCGGAUAGGCGCUGGCCAGGAGCAGCCCUGGGCCUUGGGGACAAUCUUGAACAGCAAUAUGCUACACCACUCCAUUGCCAGCUCCCCAGAGAUGCUUCGGAGGGCCCUGGAGCAUGAAAAAGGGCGCCGCCUCUACCUGGGAGGACCCCUUCAUGGAAGUUACUCAGCUCAACCCUGGAAGGGCCGGCGUCUGGACUAUAUCACCUACCGCGGAGUACUUGGGAGUCGCCUGAGUCCAGAGGCGGAGCAGGUGACAUUCAGUACUGCCUUUGCUGGACUCACGGACCACUUGGCUAUGGGUCUGAAGCUUCAAGUUGUAUGCUCCUGACGCUGGCGCAUGGACAAGGGAAUGACUAUCGAGAAAGAUCACCGUGGGGAGCGAAGCCCAAUAACCGUGCGACUCAAGGGAUCUUUAUUGUGGGGCACUCAUACAGCUUCCUGGGCGCGGCGGUACUCGUAGACACUGCCACGCUCUGGGAAGGCUGGGAAUAGCGGGGGCGAGCCUGGUGGUGGUGCUGGGUCCUCCGGGUCUCCGUAGCCCCCACCCCCAGGCGUGUGGAGGCAGAACGCGUCCUGCGAAGAAGAGCAAGUUCAACACAGGUGUGGCCUUGUCCCAGAUAAGACACAAUCACCCAACCACCUAUUUCCCUUUGGGAGUCAAAUUAAAUUUUUGUAUCCCUGUUCGA